CUUGAAAGCUGUCCUGAUGGGGAAGCCUCAGGACAACACAGUGGACUUGUCGGGCAUCCCACUGACUCUGAAAGACUUGGACCGCGUCACGUCUUACCUCCAGCACAGCUCGGAGCACAUCGACACGGUGGAGCUGUGCUUCACGGAGCUGACGGAUGACAUGCUGCUGCAACUGCUGCCGGCACUCUGCGUGCUGCCCCACCUCACCACCCUCUCCCUCAACGGCAACCGGCUCACCAAAGCCAUCCUACGGGACCUCACCGAGACCCUGAAGGACCCCAAGAAAUUCCCCAGCGUCACCUGGAUCGACCUCGGCAACAACGUGGACAUCUUCUCCUUGCCGCAGCCCUUCUUGGUCAGCUUAAAGAGACGAUGCCCGAAGCAAGGCAACCUGCCAACCAUCCUGGAGUUCGGUGAGGGUCAGGUAAGCGAUUUGGAGAGCCAGGAUGGCCUGGCCGACAGCCAGGAGGACCUGCAAGCUGUACCAGGCACGACUGACGACAUAGGCUUGGUGCAGACAGACAGAACAGCCGAGCCUAGGGAGCCCCCCCACCCGGCGCACGGUGCUGUGACACCGCAGACAUGA